AUGCGCGGAGCCGCUUCUCCAUUUCUCAGCCGAGAGCGCGGUGUCGACAUCGUGUGUGGGCUCAGCGCGCUGCGCCCCCGCCACACCCCACUUCCCAGAAACGCAGCUGCGUCCUGUCGCCCACGGAGACGCUGCGGGGGCGUCCGCCGAGGGGCCCCAGUGACCAUCAGCGCGUGGCCAUCUCGCCCCAUCCUGUCCCUGCUGCCCCGGGGCCCCCAGCGGGCUGGUUUCGGGGUGUGUCUCCUCUCCCGCGAGCCCUGCGUGUCUCCUGGCCCAGCCCGGACAGCGGGGGACCCCGAGCGACGGCGGCGGACCGGAGUCCCGGGGACCCGCGUGCCCCGGAGAAGGGCUAUAAGAGAGCCGGAGACUGGCCGGAAGCAGCCCUCGCCGCGGCCGGCGUCCAGGACCGGCCAGGGGGCAGCGGCCCAGCCCCCCGUGUCCGAGCGUCCAGACCCCGGCUGGCCCAUCCAGAACCUGAGGGUGGACCCACAGCGGAAGAUACUCACCUGGGACCUGAACGGAAACGCGUCCGACAUCACCUGUUCUGUGAACGGCAAGCCCGAAACACAGGCCCACCGGCGCGACCCUGCAGCCCAGAGGCGAAACGUCAACUCGGUAGCAGCAGAAACGGCUUUUCGAAACCUCCGGCGUCCACCCGCAAGGAGCAACCAGUCUUGCGGAUUAGACUUCGAGGUCGCCGUGAGCAGAUGCGACACCUUCAACCUCACGGUCACCGUCAAGAAGCCUCGGUGGUUCUCCGCGUCCAUCCAGCGUCCUCCACCAGGUGAGGUGCCCUGUCCUCGCCGGCCUCUGCCUUCUGGGGACCGGAGCGACGGCUGUCAGCCCGCGUAG